AUGUGGAGCAGUGAGGCAACCGAUGCAGAGGAUUGCAGAGGAGUGCUGCGGGAACUAGUCGAGGCGAUUCGAGAGGACUACGAGCAGCGAGCGUAUUUCGUCACAGGUGCCAUCUCUGCACGUUUCUACGACACCGAGUGCCUCUUUGCCGACCCCACGAUUCAGUUCUCGGGCCUGCAGCGCUGGCAACGCAACAUUGCGCUGCUCACUCGCUUCUUCUCCUCCCCAACCAUCCACCUGCACGACCUGCAGGUCUUUCCUGCAACGCCCUCGUCUGCAGCACGCCUGGAGACCAGGUGGCGCCUGCUUACGCCCAUCAACCUGCCAUGGCGGCCGCUGGUGGACAUCAGAGGCUCCACAGUGCACACACUCAAUGCUGCCGGCACCAAGGUAGUGUCACACGUGGAGGCAUGGGAGGUGUCUGCUUACGAGGCCAUCAUGCACCUCUUCAGACCCGGCCCUCCUGCCCCUCCCAGCCUUCCUGACCGUCCCGAGCCCCCCAGCGCUCCUGGCUCUCCUUAG